AUGCGGCAGCAACGACGCCGGUGCAGCAAAGAGGGCGGGUCCUCCAUCAUCAGUCCGCCAGCUCGAGGAGGGAAAUGGCAGCGGCAAGAUGAGCACGGGGCAGUGGCAUGUGGCUGGAGCAAGUCUUCAUCUUCCCCAUGCCGUGGUCGUCUUCCCCCACGCCGUCGAAUUCCGCAGCAGCCGCUCGGGGUCUGGAGGAGGAACUGGUGGAUGAGGAGCUCGAGGACGAGGAGCUCGAGGAUCUUCCAUGCCUCCAGAUCAAGCCCCAACUCCCUCCAGGACAUGAGCACCGCCGCCGGAGCCGGGAAGUCGCGGGCUUUGCAGAAAAGGGGAUCCUUCCCUCUGGAUCUCCUGGUGCGAAGGAAGAGAAGCGGCGAGACGAGGGGAGGAGGCGGCCGGCGCGUGGCGAGGCGACGGAGCAGGCGGAGAGGCGGCAGAGUAGGCGGCAAGGCAGCGGAGCAGGCCGCCGGCGCGUGGCGAGGCGACGGAGCAGGCGCGAUGGGCUGCGUGGCUUGUCGGAAGAAAGGGAAGGGGUUUUUCGUAAAACUUCGGCGGAGACAACUUUUUCCGGAUGGAAGGAGUAGUAGCGAACGGGCCUUCCAAACCGAGCUGGACAAGAACAGUAGACCAUGGGCUGGAAAGUUCUUCACUCCAUGGGAGGAGGAAGAAGCCGUGUCCCUGGCCAUGGCCCUAGGGUUUGCAGGGGAGGGGAUGGAGAAGUGGAGAACAGGGGAAGAUUCGCUCGAGAAGAACCGGCGGAGGAGGACGCCGACGACCUGGCGGCGGCGGGGCGAUGAAGAUCCGGCCGCGGAGCUACUCUCGGUGGCGGCGGGACGACGCCACCGCCUCCUGCUCUCAUUCCCCACGAGCUGCAUCUGCCGCUGGAGGUUCCUCGCCGACCACCUCCAACGCUGCCACUUCCCCUUCUUCCUCACAGCCGGCAACUACUCCAGCCCCUGUGUCCAUCCCAGAUGUCACUACAGCCCAUGCCAUGUGUUUGCCCCCCAUGGUCACGGGCUCAUGCCAUUCUCCACCAGUGAACUGCCGAAUGGUUUAGGGAGCCUUGUCUCAAAUUCCGGCAUUCCAAAAAAGCGAACUUUUCAGCACCAGCCCAAAGCCGCACUGCUUUCUUUGAAAAACAGGCCAGCUGUGACCCGCGGUGAUUAUCAUCGACCGAGGCUUUCAUUAGCUGCAACGAAGUGUCCACCUUGCCAAGAACAUGACAAUCCAGAGGUUGCCAAAGACACUAUACAAGUGAUUGAGCUUGAUAAAUUUCCCGAGGAUAUCUUGCAUCACAUACACUCCCUUGUGCCACUGCGAGAUGCUGCUCGUGCUGCCUGUGUCUCUCGUAGAUUUUUACGCUCAUGGAAAUGCUUUCCUAACCUUACAUUCAAUUGGAAAACAUUGGGGUUGAAUAUGCAAGAGGGCACGCCAUAUGAUAGAGCAAAGAAAAUUGUGGACAGAAUCUACCACAUACUCAAAAACCACUCUGGCAUUGGGGUGAAGAUACUUAAGCUCCAAGUUCAUUCAUGCAGCAAUGUUAUCACGGCUAACCUUCUUGGCAUUUGGCUUGAAACUGCUGUUAAGUCUGGAAUUGUAGAACUUGCUGUGGACCUUCCUCAAGAUCAAAGUGCGAAGUACGACUUUCCAUGUUCGGUUUUAUCUUGUGCCGCAAGCUCAAUUCAGUCUCUCGCCCCCUCAGCUUGUGCUUUUCGUCCGACAAUUAUAAUUGACUGCUUCAGAAACUUGAAAAGUCUAUGUCUGAAACUUGUUCUCAUUACUGAGGAGGAACUAGGAUGCUUCUUCUCCUGUACAAUUUCUUUAGAAAAGUUGGAAGUUUCCCAGUGCAAUGAGAUCACUUUCUUGAAGAUACCUUCUCAUCUGCAGCAGCUUUGUAUCCUGCGGGUGUUUCUAUGCCAAAAGCUGCAGGUGGUAGAAAUUUAUGCUCCAAAGGUAGCCACGUUUAUGUUCUGUGGGCCGCCGACGAAAAUAUCAAUCACCAACCCGUCUCAACUGAAGAUCAUGACUAUGGAUGGUUCAUUUUAUGCUGGCAUGUUCCACCAUGCUCUGACCAAGCUUCAUUCCAUCACGUCGAAUCUUCACACACUUGUCUUGUGCUCAUCUAGAGAGGUAAGUCGACAUUAUUUAAGGCCAGAGCCAACUUCCCAAAAGUUGGAUGUGGAUUCUUGGCAUAUCAGGAAGAUUCCUGGAUUCCGCCAUGACAAGCUCAAGAAAGCAUCCAUCACUGGAAUCAACUCGUCAAAGAGCUUGAUUGAGCUAACAUGUCAAAUUCUUAAGAAUUCCUCAUCACUAGAAUGCCUUGUGCUCGACACUACUAGUGGUUAUGGUAAUUCAGGCAUAUGUGGAAAUAUGGAUAGAGAAGCAGUCAUGGAUGCCCUUGAAGGUGUCAAGGCUAUCAAAAGACAUGUUGAGGGGCAAGUUCCCGACGGUGUUAAUGUCGAGGUUUUGAAGCCCUGUGAUCGGUGCCAUAUUUCCAAACUCUGA